AUGGCCAUUGUACUCUAUGCACCUGCGUUGGCAUUAAGUCAAACUACCGGUUUGAAUGUUUGGCUUUCUGUUGUUUCGAUUGGUGUCAUUUGUACGUUUUAUUCUUCUGUGGGUGGUCUGAAAGCAAUCAUUUGGACAGAUGUCAUACAAGCUGUAGUAAUGUUUAUUGGUCUUUUUGCAGUCAUCAUUCAAGGUUUGGUAACACUUGGUGGCUGGAAACGAACAUUUGCCAGAGCAUCACGUGGUGGUCGAAUUGAAUUAGACAGUAUUAGCUUUGAUCCUCGUACUCGUCAUACAAUAUGGUCAUUGCUUAUCGGUGGAUUCUUCAAUUCAUUUGCUACAUUUGCAUUUAACCAAGCACAAAUACAACGGUAUAUGUGUAUUCAUUCAACACGUGGAGCGAAACAAGCACUAUUAAUUAAUGCAGUCGGUUCUGGAAUUCUUAUUCUUUUAUCGGUUUUCAUUGGGAUUAUCGUCUAUGCAUAUUAUGCUGAUUGUGACCCAUACACAGCCAAACAAAUUCAAGAGAUUGAUCAAAUUCUUCCAUAUUUUGUCAUGGAAGUGUUGAGCGAUAAGAAGGGUUUGCCAGGUGUAUUUCUUGCUUGUGUUUUUUCUGGUUCACUCUCAACCAUUUCAUCCGGAUUGAAUAGUCUAGCAGCAGUAAUAAUUGAAGAUUUCUACAAAGGACUAAUGGGUCGAAAAUUGACUGAUCAACGGCAAGGUUUUAUAGCAAAAAUAUUGUCGGUCAUACUCGGAGUUUGUGUCAUGUUAUUGACCUAUGUAGUUAGCCAUCUUGGAUCGAUUCUUAGUGCGGCUCUAUCUAUAUUCGGUGUCUUAGAAGGUCCCAACAUGGGUGUCUUCAUUCUUGGUUUCCUUUUUCCACAAGCCAAUCGACGUGGUGCACUUGCUGGAUUUAUCACGAGCCUAGCCUUGCAAUUAUGGAUCUUUUUGGGCGCUCAAUUUACGAAGAAACAAAGGAAAAGUUUUAGUUUACCAUUGUCGAUAGCCAAAUGUACCAAUGUGACGAAUAGCACUUUAGAAGAAACGACUACAACGUGGACAUUAACUUCAACGAUACCCACUGCACUGAAACGUGAUCCGUUUAUUGAUUUGUAUUCAGUAAGUUACAUAUGGUAUUCGGCUAUUGCAGUCAGUACUGUAGUACUUGUUGGUAUCAUCGUGUCCUAUUUAACUCGUUCACUUGAGUCAGAAGAGAUUGAUCCAAAAUUGAUUAUACCAAUAAGUGAUGUGUGCUAUUGUUUAUUACCCAAACAAUGGCGUAAACGACGUGAAUGCGGCAUCGAAGAUGAAGCUUAUCGCAAGAAACAGGAUAAUACCAACAACUUCGACAUGAAUAUAUAUAGCACGAAUAGUUCUGGUCGUACAAAUCUUAUUGUACCGAUCUUCGAUAUGAACUCGAAAGUGUUAGUACAGUCAAAUGUGGUAGCACCUGCUCCGAAUGUGUUUUUACAAUCCGUGCCAAGCAUCGUCGAUGGAGCCGAUGACAAUCAGUCCGAGAAUCGCAAAUCUGGACUGCAUAGAGUUUCAUUCUAA